ACUCAUCCAAGGUCUCCACCAGGCGGCAGGGGCCAUCAUGUCAGGAACCUGAACACCAGACAGGCCAUGGGCUUAGACGAUCGGGGCCCAGAUGAACAUCACGCCAGGAACCUGAACACCAGACAGGCCAUGGGCUCAGACGAUCGGGGCCCAGAUGAUGCCCGCCGUCCUCGACGAACUAGGUCAGCCCACGUGACCUACACCCGGAUAUCGGAGGACACUGUUAGGUGGGAUAUCGACCCACCUGACACAGGUGGGUUCAUGACAGUACAUUUUUUAAUAAAAACUAACCAAUGAUCCUAGUAUUCCGAGGGAUCUUUUCUUUUUCUGAGUGUUAGAAUUUCCCUUCCCAGGCACAUUUUGAGACUGUACAUAACGUUUUGAGAAUCUAAAGAAUUGAAUUAAUUUUUGUUCUUUAAAAAAAUCAUUUUAAGCAACUAGUUCAACCCCCUAAAAUAAUUAACAUAUUAAUUAAUCCUUAAGAUUAUUUACUAAUUGGUUUGUCGAGUACAACCUCCCAUUAUUUAAAAUUCAUUAUACUAUGUAUUAAAGAAUCAAUACAUAUAAUUGUCUUGGUAGGAAAGGAAGCAUGGUGCAAUGGUGAGGGCAAUAGCGCGGACAAUAAAAUUCCCGAUAACUGCGCUAAAAUGAGAUUCUUAAAAAUCCCGCAAGCGCGUUUGGUGCGCAAUCUUUUUUUUAAAAAAAACACGAAAAUUUAAUAAGUCUAAAAUUAAAAACGGUGUAAUACAAAUGCGAUGUAAAAGGGGGUAGGGCAUUGGGCCGUCGCGCACCCUCGGAGAGGGUGUUUAGCACCAACUGGGAUUCUUGAAAAGAGCGUUAGAUCAAAUGCACGCUUUGCCAAGUAAGUUUUGGAGAUGGGAAGCUCAUGCACUUCAGCCGCCAUUGUUAUGGUGGGCUGUAACCAUAGUAACACAUACACAACAUGUCUGAAUGACCGCGAUUUUGAUCUUUUCGUUCUUUACGCACAGGGCAUAGAGCCUGGGACUCAAAUCUUUUUAAAUAUCUUUUGAUUAUUGUAUAUGAUACACCUGAAAGCUAUCGAAAAGAAAGAAGUCCAUCUCUAGACAACGUCGAUACAUUUCAGGUCUCUGGUCUAUCAGCACGACCGGUGCAGAGACAGCGAACAUCACCAUCAUGGCCGUCA